GGCGCUGGCAUUCAAGCCAGCCCUAACGUCUCGCGCCUCUUAAAGUGUUGGGGUCUCGGCCCACAUCUCGAAGAGCUUGGUGUCAAACCACACAAUUUGAGCAUUAGACGAUGGAAGAAUGAUGAGGUCGUGGGGUUCACGCCAUUUGGGGAGACGUUCGUGAAGGAAUACGGUUCCCCUUAUUACCAUGUACAUCGAGCUGAUUUUCACCGUAUGCUCUAUGUGGCGGUUGAACCAUACUGUAACAUACGUGUAGGUUGUCGUGUUGUAUCCGUGGAUCCGUCAAAACCUAGUGUGAUGCUUGCAUCUGGGGAGAUUGUAUCUGCUGACGUACUCAUUGGCGCUGAUGGAGUCAAAAGUAUUACUCAGCAGUAUGUCAUCGGCGGGCCCGAUGCACCCAUGGCUACUGGAGACUCUGCUUACAGAGCCCUCAUCCCGACCGAGAAACUUCUGCAGGAUGAUGACCUGAAAUCACUGGUGGAGAAGACAGAAUCAAUCAUUUGGAUGGGCCCUA